AUGAACUGGCCUAUUGUUGAGUUAUUAACCUUUUGGCCAGAAGUACAUAUCAUAAAUGGACGUCCAAGGCACCCUCAAUCACAGGGUUUAGUCAAAAUAGCUAAUGAUGCAAUGAAUGUUCAAACUGUUCGUGCAACUGGUAAAUCUCCUUACUCAUUUGUAUUUGGAAAAGAUCCCAUGUGCCAUUUUUCAAUACUUGAUGAUUCACAUAAACAAAAUAUUGCUGAUGAAAAGGCAUUACCAGAUAACUUUUCUUAA